AUGUCGCUCACAUUCUACUUUGCCAUCGUGGGCACCAACGACUCGCCGCUGUACGAGGACCGACACCUGAACCAGUUCAUUGCCCAUGCCGCGCUGGACCUGGUCGACGAUGCGCAGUUCAUGAGCAACAGCUGCUACUUGAAGACCGUUGACCGGUACAACGAGUGGAAUGUAUCGGCGUACGUGACGCCCACCAACGUGCGGCUCAUGCUGCUCCACGAGAACAAGGCUGAGGACUCAAUCAAGGGCUUUUUCACCGACUGCCACGAGCUGUACCUGAAGACCCUGCUGAACCCGUUCUACGAGCCCAACGCGCCGAUCCAGGCCCAGGCAUUUGACACCAAGGUGCACGCGCUGGCCAGAAAAUACCUGCUGUGA